AUGGACCAAUCAGGAAAGCUUCCGAGAAAGAACGAUUCGAAAGAUAAGGCAGAUGAACGGAAUCGUCCUUCCGAAGACCUGGGAGGUUCAAAUGAUUAUCAACAGAUUGAGGAAUCCCCAAACAUGAACGUGAGUUAUAACACAUCUACCAGCAAAAUUUACCCCAAACAGACUGAUUCCAACAGUUUACAUUCUCCAAUUGAGGGGCAUCCGGCCAACGAGAAUUUAAUGAAUGAUGAAUAUGACGAGGCAAUGUCAAUAUUGACGGAAGGUCAAUUGGGCUGGGAAUCCGAGCCAGCCUUGGAUUCUAAUCUGCAAGCAUCGGUGUCUACUGUAGGUGGAAUUGAUUUUAGCACAAAUUCUCCGGAGUUCGUUCCGUAUGCCAAUCCAAGAGCACACGAUUCAAUUACAUAUCAGGAGUCUUCUAACAUAAAGAGACGAAGACAAAAACAAGCACAAGGAGAGUUGGCAUAUGUUGCCAGCGACACAUCCAUCGUGUAUGGAAGAAAUGGAGAACUCAGCUUGGAUAAGAAUAGCUCACCACCUACAGCAUACUCUCGUUUCCCGGCUUUUACUGUACAGUCGGAAUCCGAUUUGCGUGGCCUUCAAGAAGAAAGAGUUGGAAAUACUGUUAAAAAUGCAACUAUUGCUACACAUACAGAACAGGAUAAAAAUAAUUUUGCCAAACUUCCUUCAUUGGUAAGAGGAGCGAGUUUGGGAAGGUCUAUGAAAGCACCGUUGACACCACAUCUAGGACCGGGCUUUAAAUAUAUUCGAUGCCAAAUUGAGCUCAUCAAUGCAGAAGAAAAUUGCAUUUGUUUUCCUCCCUGGACACCAAGAGAGCAGGAUGACAUGAGAAGAAUUGUUUGCAUUAUUAGGAAGCAGACAAAGAAUAAGGUGCAGGGAAUCUUUGAAAUUGUUCCUCCGGAGAGUCAACAAUCAAGUGAAGAAUGCAUCGAAGUCUCCUGCUUACGGUGCCUAUCCUCAAAACGUUAUCCCAGCUAUGAUAAUGAACAUAUAAUAUGCCAGUUUGAAGAAGAGGAAUCAAAGUUAGAUAACUGCUACUAUAUCACAAGCGUUGAAGUUGUUAAAAUUGUCAAAUUCUUAGCCAAUCUACCUCAUCAUCUAAGCAAACGAGAGGAGAGAAAAGAGAGUGGAAGAAUUCGAUCAAAUCUAACUGCUUUUUGGUUAGAGAAGCCAAUCAAUUCUAUAAAACUUGAAGAUGGUGUUCGAAGCGGUAAAACUAAUGCUGACUUUAAAAAUGAGUUGGCCGGGAGAAUCAUUGGAUAUCAAACAAGGAAACCAAGGGAUUUUGAUAGGUACGUGAGGAUACUAGAGUGGAGGACAUUAUCCUUUGCUUUAAGAAGAGCCAUGAGAAGUUACUAUGUAGAAGUGAAAGAGGAAACUCAAUAA